AUGAUUUCAUCCUAUCGUCUUCUGUGCCAGUUGUUUGAUCUUGACGUCAACAAUGAAUGGAGCGUCACAACUAGAAAAAAUUUCUAUAAGAAGUUUAUUAAAACUGUAUAUAUGGAAGAGAUGAAUUAUUUUGAGGUGGAACAGACUAAGAAGACUAGACGGUAUAUCAUUCGAUCUAAUGGUCCAAUAGAGUUCGAGAAGUACAAAUACUACUGGAAUGAUACUCUUUUGGAAUCGAAACGUUCCUUGAAUCUCUGUGAAUAUAGAAUCAGUUGGAUGAUUGAUUCUAAAGAACUUGAUGAGACAUACAACGCAGACGGUGUUAAAAUGAAAUCUCUGUUCUAUUAUUGCCAUUUCGCACAAUCAUGUAUGGGCCUGGAGUGUAGGAUUGAUAGUAGGCUUUUGGUUCCACCCAUAUUCCUCACAGUCUUCGUAACUAUUUUUUGGUUAUUCAAGAGAAUGCUCUGGAGAGAUAUGAAACGAACGGAAAGAAUCCAAAGGGAAAAUCGAACUGCUGAAAAUCCAGCUACAAUUGAACGAAUAGAACCCGGAGACGAGUUUUACGAUCGUUUCGUCAAUAUAGUUUUCGAUAAAUACUCUGGCUUCUUUGAUAUUGGGGAGAACGAUGAAGGAUUACUGUAUACUGUUCACCCGGAGAAGCCUAUAGAAUUCGAAAAGCAAAAGUAUUAUUGGUCAAAAACUCACGAGGAUGUGAAAGAUGAGACUCAUUUCUGUGGGUACUAUUUCACUACUGUAGAUUCACCGGAAUUUCAUAAAACCCGUUUCUCAAAUGGAACCAAGGCAAAUGUUCUUUUUUUCACAUGCGGAUUUCCAUAUUCAUGUAAAGGCAUCCAUUGUGUUAUUGAAUUCCGUUUUUUCUUAAUCCUUCUAUGUUGUGCAGGUAUGAUGGUGGUUAUAUUCCUGAUUCGAAAAUGUGUUAUAAGAGAAAUGGAGCAAAUGGAAAAGUUGAGGAAUGGUCCAAGACUUCCUCAAUUCAUGCAUCCUCCUGGUCCUCGAUUCAUGCCUCCGUUGACACCGUCAAGCCCACCUUCAGAGCCUCCUCCACCGUCUUACAAUGUUAUCUUUUCAAAUUCCCCGCCAUCGUAUGAGUCCGUAGUUCGGGACAAAGUGACCUACACUCUCCCAUCAUACUCAUCCACAGUCUCUCAAUAA